CAUUUACGCCCGCGUUGCGCUUCGAACAGAAAUUAAACUCGUCCAUUUCGUUUUUGAUCGUCGCUACGUUAAGAAGUAACUUUUUAUUUCCGUCGAUUACAUCGUGCUAAAAGCCAAGCUUUGGUACUUUAAAUAAUGGAACGGUGAUAUCCACAGUUCCGGGUUAACAAGGCCCGCAAUAUAGAAAUAUUCAGUCCAAGCAGUAGUUAUGGAGCAGGAACUGCAACCUCACUCCAAAAGACCCGGAGCAUACAAUCUCGGUGACGUGGAAUGUAAUGUGGUGAAAGUUCUCACACAGGAUGAAAAAACGCGUCUUGAAGAACAAAACAAGCGUAUGGUGUCGGAAUUCCAGGCUCUCAAACUGGAACAGGAAGCACGUAAGCAUUGGGAUUUAUUUUACAAACGAAAUGAGGAUCGAUUCUUCAAAGAUCGUCAUUGGACAACACGUGAGUUUGAGGAACUUCUGGCGGAUGCUACUAGCGAAUCGUCUGAACGAGAUGUGAAAACACUGCUUGAAAUCGGUUGCGGCGUUGGAAAUUUAAUUUUUCCGCUAAUGGAAGAUGGCGAUCGGAAUUUCUUCAUCUAUGCCUGUGAUCUUUCGCCACGUGCUAUUGACUUGGUCAAAAAACAUAACCUCUACGACGAACAGUAUAUGAAAGCAUUUCCGUGCGACAUCACCAGCGAUGAAAUAUUCAAAACGCUUCCGGAUGCUAGCUUAGACAUAGCGACGCUAGUUUUCGUUUUAUCGGCAAUUCAUCCGAGAAAAUUUCACUCGGUUGUGGAAAAUAUUUUCCGACUAAUGAAACCGGGUGGCAUGGUUUUGUUUCGAGAUUACGGGCUUUACGACAUGGCACAGCUAAGAUUCAAACCCGGUAACAAAAUAUCGGAGAAUUUUUACAUGCGACAAGACGGAACUAGGAGCUACUAUUUCGCGGAUGAAGAAGUCGGCAGACUCUUUCAAGAUGCUGGCUUCGAUGUUGUCAUCAAAAGUUACAUUCAACGGAGAACAGUUAAUCCGAAGGAAAAUAUUGAUGUAGCGAGAAUCUUCGUACAAGGGAAAUUCCGGAAGCCGCAGAAUAAGUGAGAUGUGAGCUUACAAUUAUGCAUUCACAUAGUCAGCUGAAGAUUCCCGGCAAAAUCCACAUCCUCCAGUACCUUGAAGCUUGAAGAUAUUGUUUCUUCGCUUUGUGUGCCCAGAACUAUGUAUUUUCGUUGAUACAAUAAGUUCAAUCGGACUAUAAGAUCUACUAAAAGAUGUCUACAGCGGAAGGAUCCGAUACAAUGGCGAGUUCGAAAUCUUGGUUUUUCUAGCAGCGAUGGUAUUUUUGAAUACGCUAGCAUAAUCCAAAUAGACGGUCGGCUAAAUCGAAUCGGAUUCAACCGAAAAAGCGGCGCAUAGUUUACAUAAAAAAUGAUAGGUUACACAAUUCCAAAACAAAAAAUACAAAUAAAUGUUAAAACUAAAACUACUU